GUAUAAAUGAGCUGAUGCUCAAAUGCAUUCGUUUGUGCAUGCACUUAAUGCUGUCGUUAUUGUUUUAGUGUAGUCGUCUCAUACUAGUACUACUACUACCACUGUAACUAGUGAAGCACGGCUAACACUGCUUACUACUCAAUAAUAAAGUUGAUUGAUGAAAUACUUGUUCGCGUCAGAAAUUACGGUUUGGUGUGUUCGUGUAGUCAGUUAAAUAAACGUUUUCAGAGUGUGUUGUCGUCGUUUGCCUUUGCGUUUGCGUUUGUGUAUGCGUUUGAGAGUGUUUAAAUAAGUAAGAUAUUAGCAAGUGUUUGUUAGCAAUAAGCUUUUAAGCGUCUGUGUGAGCAAGAAAAUUUGCAUUCACGCGUUCCUCAGCAUACAAGUAAUUAUUUAUUUGCCUAUAAACAAACAGUUGCUCGUGUAUGUGUACGAAUAACUUGGUAUGCUACUGAUUGCUUUGCUUUGCUUACAAGCAACUAAAAUCCAAUAAUUAUCUCGAAUAACGGCGUCUUUUCGGCAGCGAACGAGAGAAGAAAACCUCUUAUGAUUGUGUUUUUAAUAAACAAAAAAAAAAAUGGAAUAAAAAAGAAGGAAAACCAAAACAAUCACCAUAAAUUCAGCAACAACGACAAAAACAACUACUGGCAUACAAGGUACCAUUAGCGAUUGUAAACAGAUAUCAAUUGGGAUUAAAAAAUAACCGCAAAAGCAAAAAAAAAAAUAAAUAAAUAUAAAAACACUACCGACCAACAACCAACAACCAUCCAACAAUUCGUGUAAAACUCAACAACAAAACAAAGAGCACAACCAACACACAACCCAAAUGUGGGUGAAGUGCUACUAAAACACCCGUUGUUUUGCUAACUAACAAGACGUGGCGGAGAGAGAGAGAGAGAGAGAGAGAGAGAGAGAGAGAGAGAGAGCGAGAGCGAAAGAGAGAGGAAGAAUUGGAAUACCAUAUUUAAAGAAACGCGGAAAAAAAAAAAAACAAAGUGUAUUGCACGCCCGCACACCAAAAACGAAUAUAUUCGAAAAAUUUUAGAAGAGAAACAACAGCUAAAGCUUUAAUUAGUCUUUACUGCUGCCACAAUCAAUAAUGGCUCAGCAUUGCCGCAAGACGGCGUUAACGGUGGCAGCAAUCGCUAUACGAUCAUCAUUAUGAUUCAUAGCCAAAGCGAAUAUUGAAGAAAAAUUAUUCUCACACACACCUGGAGCGCUCAUCUUGACAAGAAGAACAUUGCAGUGCAUAGAGAUAUCAGACUGAGAAAAUUGAAAGUUGUUCAAUAGAAAACCUUUCAACAUAGUUAUGGCACAUUUUUGCGGCUUUACAAAACUAAUAUUUUUACUACUGAUGUUGGCGCGAACACCACUCAGUGACACGAGGCCAUUUAGAGGGGAAACAGGUUCGAGCAGUGAUCUCAUUGCAGGCAAUGAGUUUCUUAAAUUAUUUCUAGAACGAGAUGAACUGCAAAGAGAUUUGUAUAGCAGUGAAUAUGUCGGCAGCAGGGGUGGUGGUGGUGGUGGUGGAGGUGGAAGUGUAACAUCAGCAAGUGGAACAGAGAGAGGAAGCGGAGACUCGUCAGAUCUAGUUGUUGCUGACAGUGCACCAGCUGAGAGUGUGCCAGUGGAGAACGUGAAAAGAAGUGCGAACAGCCGUAGCUUAAGAGAGAAAGGAUCGAAAGGUCAUCAGGCUUUAACAUCGUCACAUGAAGAGGACGGUAAACAAGUAGUAAAAUUGGUAACGACAGGUAGUAAAAUCGUUUUCCUGGAGGAUUACGAUGAAAAUGAUGCCAUUCUCGAUGCUGAAGUAAGAGAAAUAGACUUGAAAAAAGAGAAGCCCACCCUAAGGAAGAACAUCAGUAGAACAACAAAUUUGGAUGAUUUUAAGGUGUUAGCUGUAAGUGUUUCUUCAUCCAGUCAACGUGCCAGUUCCUCAACUAAUAAUCGCAGGAAACACGAAAGACCCCAGCUAACGACAUCAGCUGCAUUAGCGACUAGAACGUUAACCUCGACCACAACCGAAGCGCCAUCAAAAGUAGACUUAACUUCGGGUGAUAACUUCAUUAAUCGCUCGCAUAAAAGCGAAUUAUCUAUUGAUGAGGUGGAGCCAUUUACCAGCAAACACAAGGCAAGACGACCAAUACGUCCGCAAGUUUCGGCAAAGAAUAAAAACACAUCUGGCCGCCCGCAUACAAUAGACUCUGAGAAUAGUGCAUCAACGAAUGUCCAGAAUGUGCUAGCAAUACCAUUACAAGCAGCAUCUUCUUUACGCUCUAACCAAUAUCAUAAUGAUGGUCAACAUAAUGCAACAACAAUUUCGAACCAUGAAACGAAUUCAUCCAAAUCAUCGGCACAUGCCGGUGUUGACGAUCAACUACUGCCAUUCCAAACAGUGAUUUAUCAUGACAACAAAGAGGGUCACGGUCCGCAAUCGCGUUCCAUUUCCUAUUCUUCAAUAUCACAGAACAUACAAGAUUUACAAAAAUGGCAGCAUACCGGCAUUUUAGCAGAAGCGCGUCGCAACGUUAGCGAGAGUCUAAAACCUUUGACUCACAUUCAUCAGCCGGAGCCGGCCAAAUUUUAUUCGCAACCAUCACAAAUGUAUAGCGUGCCAGCAAAAUUCUAUUCGGAACCAGCCAAGAUUUACUCGGAACCAUCCAAAAUGUAUGGGGAGCCUGAGAAAUUUUAUUCUGAGCCUGCUAAAGUAUACGGAGAACCUUCGAAGUUUUAUAGCGAACCUUCAAAAGUUUACUCACAGCCGGCUAAAGUUUAUAGUGAGCCAGCAAAAACCUAUUGGCCUCCCACACCAACUGACUCAUCAACAACUACAACGUUGGCAACACCAGCAGCAAAUUCGUUAUUUGCAACAAGUACCACUCCUCGCAAUGGCCUUUUUACAUCUUCACGUAGACCUGCCAUUGUGUCGCGUAUCGCUUUCGGUGAAGCACAAAAUGCAUUGACCUCGUCAACGGCAUCAACGUUAACAGCGAUGACAACAACAGCCAUCGGGUCUUUAUCAACUAGUACGGCCAAGUCUUUUGGCACAUAUCACCAACGCAACUUUGGCCAUCGUCAUUUCUCAUCAAGUGGUAACAAUGCAAAUUCCUCACCUACGUCGACUCAACGUCGCAUACCGUUAUUUAAUCUAGAUAAGCUACCUUACGAUGUAUUAAAUGCACCGAAACCAUCAACAACGCAGCAACAAGAACAUGAACAACUACUUGCAAAUAAUUAUCAACAAAAACAACAGCAACAGCAAUCGCGUUCACAUAUUAAUCCAUGUUUAGAGUCGGCAGUUUCCACAUUAUUUUCAACAUCAUCUUUAUCGGCUCAUGUACCGAUACAACAGCAGCAGCAGCAUUCGUCAUUGUCGGAUCAGCAUUCUAAUCAAAAUGCCAAAGGAUUGCCUAAUGGAGAUCUAGUCAAGUGUGUUGCCGAAAUUUCCCAUACAACAUUAGUAACAACUGAAGCAACACUGCCGCAUCACUUCACUACCGAACGCACACCACACAACGAAGAUUUGUAUGCAGCGACACCCGAGCAGAAUUACGAAAUUGAAGAGUCCGUGAGUGUAAUGACGAACGGACGAGCCCAUGGUGUACAAAGAGAUGGCAGCGUAAUUGGUGUUGGUACUGGGACUAAUGAUGAUGGCAGCCGUGGUUCAGCAACAGCAACCAUUGCACCAACAACUAGACAUAGCUUUAAACCUAUGAGGCAACGCGUUCGCUUCGGUACAAAUAUCAGAGAUGACGAUGACGAGGCGGAGGUAAGAGGGGCAGGUAUGCCAACGUUAACAACAGCAACUGGUAGACGUGGGCAUUUAAGUCAAUCUUAUGACGCCAACGCAAAUGCCAAAACAAACGCUGCACAUAGUAAUGCCAGUCCAAGCUAUAAACAUAAUGCUGAUGAUGGCAGAGCUAACGAUGAGACCGACAAUACCGAGCUGGUGGAAAGUUAUGAUGAUUACAGUGAUGUAGUAGAUGAGGGCGAUGUCGGCGUCGGUGGCGGUAGCGACGUUCUUAAAACUAACAAUCGACAUAAUAGCUACAACAACAACAAUAAUAAUAACUAUAGAGGAGGGUUAAAUGCAGGCUCACAAGCUGAGCAAAAUGAAAAUGAUGAUGCUAAAGUUGCUUAUGUGGUCGAGGGACGCAAUUAUCGUAAAUAUCGUGUUGAGGAGAAGACGGACGACGGUUUCAUUGUUGGCGAGUACGGAGUGGUCGAUCAUAAUGAUGGCAAUUUGCGCGGUGUACGUUAUACGGCUGACUCGACCAUUAAUCGCAGUUUAAUACAAAAAGCAUUGUUGACAUUUUUGAAAUUGAAAUAGAAUCGCAAAAGAGAAAAAGUGAAAAAUAGAAAACAAUGGCCAG